CUUUUAGAAGAUGAUCCAUGGCCACGGCUGAGCGCUUCUGAGCCCAUCCCUCCCCUCACGCAUAGCAACAUGAUUUCAGAAAAGUGUUUAGAGCUGCCAAACGAGAUUGCCAAAAGCAAUUUACCUCCAUCAGGAGCAACCCUGAAGGAUUCGGGCCCGCAGGAGGAGAAGUGCAGCAAAGCGUUGGCUUUGAGGAUACAUGAAUCCUACAGCAACGGUUUGUCAGUCAGUCUCUCCCCUUCCAACUCUGCAAAUUCAGGCACGGACCAAAAAGGCUUCAAGGUAUCCCCUAACGGCCAGACAAAAGCCCAAGAUGCCGAGCGGACACCCACGGCAAACUUUAAAAGGACAUUGGAAGAAUCCAACUCGGGCCCAGCGAUGAAGAAGCCGAGACGCGGCCUGAGUCGGAGCAUGAGCGUCCCGCCGGAGGGCAUGUCCGCCACGGCGCAGCGCCGAAACUCCAGGCUGGCCAUGCGCCGCAGCCUGCGCGGCCAGAAGAAGCUCAGCACCUCGCUGUUCCACCCGCCCCGGAAAGCAGUGUGUGUGUGCUGA